CACCACGGGAGGCUCGGCACUCAGCGCUGGCUCCCGGCUGCACCAUGAGGCCCGGGCUCCUCGUCCUCGCGGGGCUCCUCGUCCUCGGCACUGCGCCGACGUCGGCACGGAGCCCAAAGCGGCCGUGUCCAUCUGGAGGGAAGCCGGGAGCGUGCCCCAGGCCCACCGGCGCCGGCCUCUGCGUGGAGAGUUGUUCUGCGGAUGACGCCUGUCCGGGGGACCAGAAGUGCUGCAGCAACGGCUGUGGCCACACCUGCCAGACUCCACUGCUCUCUGUCAAGCCCGGGCAGUGCCCCAAGUUCAAAAUCCCCCCGGGGCUGCCAUGCAAGCAGGAGUGCUGCGAGGACGGUGACUGUGGGGGGUCCCAGAAGUGCUGCCCCCUGGGCUGCGGCAAAAUAUGCUUCGCUGCAGGGCCACCGGCUCCCCCCGAUUCUCAGACCCAGCCUCCCUCAAAGCAGCAGACUUCGCCCGAGUAGCGGGAAGGGGCCGCUGCACCUGCUGCAGAGCCGAGCGAGGGCCACUCCGCCGCGCCAGCACAGAGCCGCCGGCCGGCAGCCUGCUCCUGGGCCACGUCCAGCUUGACCUCCCCGGACUUGACCUCCCCGGCGCCAGGCGACGUUCUCCCGCAGAGCUGCUGCUUUUCGAAAUAAACCUGCACGAAAGUCUG